GUUCGCGUUGCGAAUACUGGCCGAUUAUGAUGUGAAAGAUAUUCCGAAGGCCGUGAGGUGCCGUGAGUGAACACGGAAAUCGAGAUGUGUGUGUGGUCAAAAAGACAGUGCAAGGUAGGGGUCGGGUGGCGUUUGUGAUGGCAAAAUUUUUGCAAAUGCACGAUCACUGACACUAGCACCAACAAUGGACCAGCAAUUUUGUUUGCGCUGGAACAAUCAUCCAACCAACCUGACAGAUGUGCUUGCAAGCCUAUUACAGAGAGAGGCACUAUGUGAUGUUACACUAGCAUGCGAUGGGGAAACAGUCAAGGCACACCAGACAAUACUAUCAGCAUGUUCCCCGUAUUUUGAAAGUAUAUUCUUACAAAAUUCACACCCGCAUCCCAUUAUAUUCCUUAAAGAUGUGAGGUUCUCAGAGAUGAAAUCUCUGUUAGAUUUUAUGUAUAAGGGAGAGGUGAAUGUUGGCCAAAAUAUGCUACCAAUGUUCCUAAAGACUGCCGAAAGUUUACAAGUUAGAGGUUUGACAGAGAAUAAUACGUUGAAUACUAAGUCAGAGGAGCGGUCGACUCCCAGCGUGAGUGCUGAGAAUUUAUCCCGCGGUGAGUUCGCCACACCGCCUGCUGCUCAUGCGCUCGCAGCUCUAACACCGCUGCCGCAGUCACAGUCACUGCCGCAAUCGCUGCCGCAGCCGCUGCCGUUGCCGUUGCCGCCGCACGCGCCGCUCGAGAAGCGACGCAGGAAGAACUCCACCGCGCCAAGGGACGAUAUCGAUCUGUCCUACCGACAUUAUGAGGGGCACGUGAAGGCUAGCAAAGGUUCAACCGGCUCUGGUUCCGAGCCGUCGACUCCUCCACCAGCUCACGGCCGCGCCGCUCGCUCCCCAGCAUUGCUCGUUAAACAAGAGCCAGACUACACGCAACACCACUCCUACGACCAGACUCACCUCACGGGAAUGGGAGUGAAUGAUAUGGCAUCAAUGAUAACCCAGCACUCGAUGAACAACGAUUGCAACGAGAGCGAACCCGUAAUGCCGCCUCACCCCGACCAGACGGACACCAUUGACGGCUCGAAGGGCUGGCACAUGAGGCUGACGUUCGAGCGUGUGGCGGGCGCCCUCAACCUGCACCGCUGCAAGCUGUGCGGGAAGGUGGUCACUCACAUCAGGAACCACUAUCACGUGCACUUCCCUGGACGGUUCGAGUGCCCGCUAUGCCGAGCCACCUACACGCGCUCGGACAACCUGCGCACGCACUGCAAGUUCAAGCAUCCGGCUUACAACCCCGACACGCGCAAGUUCGAGGGCGCGCCGGUGGCCGUGGGCGCGGGCGUGGGCGUGGGUGGCGCUCACGGGCCUCACGCAGCUCAUGCGCCGCCGCCGUUGUUCGCGAACCACCUGGACGCGGGCUUCGACUGAUCGUCCGCGUACCGGCUCCGGCUCGGCCUCGACGGCCUCGAUGGUCUCCACGGCCUCGACGGCCUCUGAACGCCCGCGGCCGCGACCCGAUAGAACGUUCUCCUAUUUAGGAUUAAGCUGAAGUGCUAUUACUUAAGCGGGCCUUCGUUGAGUUCUUAACACUCGUUUUAGUAUUGUCUCGGUUGUGCGUUUGACUUGCCCCAGUGUGACCUUGUAUAUUGAUUCCUCGCGGACAUGUUGACGAUUCCGUAACGGAGUUUUACCUUAAGUCUAUGUUACUAAGAUAAUGACUCGAAGCGUAUGUAAGUAGGUAAGCAAAAAUUUUUUUCUAUACCAAUCGCUAUACGGGAACGGGCAAAAGCAAUAAUAUGAUGUUAAUUUUUUAUUACCAUAUUAUUUUUUUAUAUUGUAUCGAUAGAAAUCUUAAGCUAUUUAAAUAUACACUUAUAUUGAGUAGCGGUCCGACCGCGAAGUGAUGCUGGCUAUUAACGACCGCCCUCGGACGGGCCCCCAUUGUCUUGUUAUAUUUAUUCUUUAGAUAGGAAAUUAUGAGUUUCCUGUAGCUAAUUAUAUUUAUGUUAUUAUAUAAUUAUCCUAUGGCUGGUGUGGAACGACAACGGAAAACGGAUACAUAAGGAACUGGCAAGAGAUUGUGAUCUGUCGUUGGUCAACGACAUAUAAAUAUUGACUGAAUCUCAGUGUAGAUGCAUUUGUAACUCUAUGAGGCCUUUGCGAGAUGGAUAAUUAAUAAAGUUUUGUGAUGUAUUAACGGAUAGCGCCUAAGGAAACAUACGAAAAGAUUUUUAUACUAGACUAGUUGAUCUAUUUACGGAGAUUGUUUUUUUUUUAUACUUAGAUAUAUUUCUAUCGUCUGAUUUAAUAUAAUUUUAUAUCUAUAUUUAUAUACCUAUGUAAUAUGAUUUAUUAGUGUUGUUUGUUUUUAUUGAUUCAUUAUAUAGUAACAGUGAUUUCGAUUGAUCAGUUGACGGCUAGACGUAAUACUUGCGAUGUUAACAUGUUUUAUUAUUUUAUCGUUGGUAGGUUUAGUUUUGGUAAGUCGUGAUCGGUGCUGGAGGUCAAAGACCUCUUUCAAUUAUUUUAAGGUAGGGAGGAACGAUUUGAGGUUGCGCAUUUAGUAACUAAUAUUGGCAUUCUACAAUUGGGACUAACCUAGCGUUUAUGUAUGUAUUUUUCAAUUUAAUAUUUAAGAAUUGUUACAUUUUUAGCUAAACACUUAGAGUGAUACGGUAACUGAAAUGUGAUAAAAUGGUAUGGUGCUAGAAUGAAGAGUGAACACGCUGCGAUUCUACUCCUAUUGUAAUAAUAAUGUUUUAACGAUUAGUUAAUUUGCAUUAAUGUAAGGCAUCUACCAUCAGGUUGCAUCUGCAAAGACAACGGGUACUAACAUACGCGUCUCGUAUAAAAAAACACUUAGAGAUUACAGUAUCACUCGAGAUUUUUAUCUUAAUUUAAUUUUUUCAGACCUCUUGAAAUUUACUAAUGUAUCUAGAUUGUUAAGUGGCCGAUUGUAUAAAAACAGUUUUAAUUCUACCAAAAACAUUGUAUGUCGGUGGGAUAUGACAGCAUCUUGAAAAACAAUACCGUGAUCGUUUCAUAUAUUAUCUAAGUUGUGGCAUUAGUGCUGUUUAGUAGCUGUGAACAUGCAAUUCACUUGUGCAAUUUUUUUUUUUUUUAAUAUAUAUAUAUAUAUAUUUUUUUUAUAAUAGUCAUAACUCGUACCUAGAUUAUACAAUUUGUCUAUUAAAUAUAGGGGCCCACUUGAUAUAUAAGCACUAAGCUCGUUUGUUCCUUUACCAAUAUAUAAUAUACUACCAAACGUUUCUUCCACAAAGAAUUAUUAUAUUUAAUUUUUAAGAUUAAUGAAGAUUUUUUAUAUCUAACUUUCUAAAUAAUGUGGGCGCUUAUCAUUUGAUGGCAUUUCAUACUCAGUGCAAUAUUGCUAGUUAUUUAAUAACGUAACCAAACUAAAGGAUAUUUUAAAAAUAAUUAAUGUCUUUGAAGAGAGUAACUACCAAGUUAUAUUUACAUAAGUGAAUCCUAAUUUCUAUUAUAACCCAGCGUAACGAGGUUUGGUUUACGGGACUGUACAGGUUAUAUAGCUGGUAAUAUUAAGUUAGCUUGUUUACCUCUGCCAAUCGUAAUGUUUUUUACUGUAUAUUAAUUUAUUGUCGCGCAAGUUAAAAGUCUAUUGUUGAAUAGAUCAUAGCUAUCCGGUACGGGUUCCAUUGCCCAGUGUUAGGAGGAAAGUACGUUGAACGCUUCAUCUAAUCUUGAAUGCAUUUUUUGUAUGUUAUUAUCACUGGAGACCAAUUUUUGAAUAAUGUAUUUGCUUUGGCAAAUGUUUUAGUAACAUAGUGUAUUAUUUUAGAUAUUUUAGGUUAGGAUACUUUGAUAGUGUCUGGCCAGAAUAUUUUGGAGUAUCACAUCGUUUGGCUCAGAAAAUAUCUCCCUUUGAUCUCUUUUCAGCUUUCAGAAAGUAUGCAACUUAAUGAUUAAUUUUACGAAUACUACGUUAUUGGACUUAAUGAAAGCGAACUUAUGCCAUAUGGAAUUUACACAUAAGAAUAACGAAUUACUAAAUUUAGUCUUAUGAAAAUGAGGUCUUGAGGACCUAGUCACUUAUUUGGCCAAUCUAAUUGAAUAUUCCAAUUUAUUGUAUAUUAUAAAUUUACCUUAACGUCACGUCGCGGAGAUGUGGUUUUAUAAUUCUGAAUCAAUGGAGUGCAGGACGAGCUCUAUGGUUAUUUUCAGGAUAGCGAUGGUCUAGUAAUGUUUUAUUUUGUUUCUUCUUUGUAACAUUAGCAAAUUUGUUAUAGUGUCGUAUAUCACAAUAGUUUAAUUUUAAUAGGGACGGGGGUGUCAAAUCCUAUAGCCUAACAGCUGUUAUAUUUUUACAUAAAAUUUUAUGAACGAUUUGUUGUUUAUGAUUUAAUGUCUUGGUUUGAUGCCUCCAUUAAAAGUUUAAUUUAAAUAAUUUUGUUUUAUGCAAGCAGUUAAUGCAAUUUUUUUUUUUUUUAUUUCACAUUGUUUGAUGUUAUGUAAUGCAAUUUUAACAUGUUGCAAACUCCUGCAUUUAUCUGUUGUAUUUAUUACUAAUUUUUACAUUAAAUUGUGGUAUGUUACAA